GCAGCAGAAGCACGCGUUUUCGGAGUGACUACAUGUGUUUCGCCGUUUGAAAUCUAAUUGAGAAAUUGAUUGUUUUUCGAGCGUUUCAAUGAAAUUGAUAUCCGUGACAAUAAGUGCUGAAGAAGGUGCAAAGCUAUUGCAGUCGAAGCAGUGAUUGAAUAUUGAAAUAGUGGUAAUGUGCAGUAGCUUAUAGUUUGUGGAUAAGUGUUAUAUAGUCCGCAGUGUGGGUGUAGUCUGCUGAAGAAAGGAAAGAAUACUCAUUCAUAUUCAGCUCGCUUAUCCGGGCGACGUGACGGCACUGCAAAUUGGAAGAAAUUUUCAUUACAUAGGUGUGCAAUACCGAAGAGAAUAUAAGCGAACAAGUGUAUAUACGUCGAUUUGUCCGGGAUUCAUGAUGGAAGCUCGUGCAGGGGCGUGAUUUAAUUCUAGCGACCAUUACCGGCACUGACUCGGCAUCGUCAUCGGAGUUGCGGCCAAGAAGCCAAGAAGGACGUGACGUGAUCAUUUCGGUGUCGAAGGUCGGAGGUGUUUCAAGCACACGGAUAUUCCAUAAAGAAAGAGCGCGGCACCAGCGGCCUGUGAUCAGCGAUUUUCAAUUUGAUCCGUGCGUAUCAGGCGAGAAAUUACUUAGCUCUUCGGAGCCGUGCGAAUCGUUGAUCCGGCGAACAAUUGCGAUGAACACGCUCUACCUCGUGUACGUGCCCCAUACGGUCGACUGUACACCUGCUGUCCAGCUUUCUACGCUCGAGUAUGCUACCGUGGAAAUUGUCAAUGGCAUCCGAGUUCCACUGGAUGGGCCUGGUCCUGUUGCUUCGAUACAGCAACAGCAGGCACUGACGGAAGAGAAUGUGGUCCAGCAGCAGAUGAAAUUUGGGAGAAAACCCGAUCGCACCAACUUGCAUACACACGCACCGGCAAUCGAUCCAAAUAAGGAAUUUCAGCUUAGGGAACGAUUGUUGAAGGACAAUUGGGUCGUUAAAGAUGACUUUGUCGGAUCAAUUGAGAUUGACACUCGAUUGGAAUCGCAGUUUCAUUCACCAUUGGGCUAUUUUACCUCCGAUCGUUUACCAAAAAUUAUUGAAGAUACGAUAAUAGAAGACUCCACUUCAAGCAUCGACGAAGGAAUUGGCCUCAGCGCGACAGAUGAUUCCGGGGAUGAUCAAAGUCUUCCGGAUGACAACAACAACAGCCACCACAAGAACAGCAAUAAUCUCAACCCAGAAAGAAAGCACGAUUGCCAUGAGGAAGACGAAGAUGAAGUCGAUGGGAGGGACAUUAAUUUUGCGCUUAUCAAGAGUAAGAAAAAGCGGAAGGCUAGCGAUAAUAAAUCAUACAAAUGCGAAAUCUGUGAGGAACUGUUUCCGAAGAAAAAACUGCUUCGUGACCAUCUCGCUGUGCAACAUCCGGGCCAAAGUCUAAACCGGUGUCACAUCUGCGGAAAAACGUUCAAACUAAGAUCAAAUUUGCGCCAGCACUCGAGAAUCCACACCGGAGAGCGCCCCUUUCGGUGUGACAUUUGCGGGAAAACUUUCGUCCAAGGCAGUGCGUUGACCGUUCAUAAGGAGCUUCACAAGGAUAAAAAAGAACAUCAGUGUGAUGUGUGUAAGAAAGACUUCAAGUCCAAGUUUGCGUUUAAGAAGCAUGAAAAAGUACACAAAGGACUAAGGCCUUUUAUCUGUGAUGUCUGUGGGAAAUCUUUUACUCAGUCUUGUAAUUUGAAAGCUCACCUUCAAUUACACAAUGGGACACAUGCAUUCAAGUGCUCAACAUGCUUCAAAACAUUUCGGUUUAAAUCGCACUACGAGGACCAUCUGAUGACCCACACCAAGGACAAGAAGUACACGUGUUCCAAAUGUGGUCGCAAUUUUGCGUAUAAAAACUCCUACCAGCGCCAUAUGCAACAUAUUCACAGGGAUGAAUCACCACACCAGUGCACUGUUUGUAGUAAAACUUUCGUAAAACUAAGCCACUUGACGUUCCACAAAAAGUCCCACCGAAAGGCCGGCUCGUUAAUAUGUGAAAUUUGCGGUUUGGUGUUCGAGAAGGAGACCACCUUUGCCAAACACAACGAAACCGUUCACCGUGAAGAAGAGGAAGACCAACGGAGGCUGUUUAAAUGUGUCAUAUGUAGCAAAUCCUUCGAGGAGGAAUCCGAACUGACGACACAUUUCAUGCUGCACGAGGCGGACGACUGUCCCUUCCAGUGUGGGAUGUGUGGGAUUUUGAACCUGAGUCAGGCGUAGGUAAUUAGCAACCAAGAGGGGAAACGGAAACCUUUUGCACGCGCCCCUCAGUCAGUGGAGGUACUUUAUGCAUUCCUAGAUAAGCAAAAGGAAAAGUGUUGUGAUAUGUGGAAAUAUUUAGGACUCUCUUAUUGUACAACAUUUAGAUUAGGAUAAGAUUAUUUUUAAUUAUGCACUCGCAUCCACUAGGACAGAUCCCCAAGCAAGGCAAGAACAAGCCAACUAAAAGGCAAAGGGAUAAGAGAGUUGACUCUUCUGGGGCAAUAAUUUCAUAAAUUUAAAUUACAAUAAAGAUCGUAUUAGUCAUAUCUGGA